GGGUCGCGGGCUUUAGUCCUGGGUGCAGAGGUGUCUCCAGCCGGUGGUCGUAAUGGUGUCUGUAUGAUCUUCAGAGUCUGCUGCAUCGGACCUCGGCCAAAGUGAGCGGCAGGAGGCUAGCAAAUUAUCUUCCUUAUCUAGAGCCUAAAAGAUGACAACAGCAGCUAGGCCAACUUUUGAGCCUGCGAGAGGAGGAAGAGGAAAAGGAGAAGGUGAUUUGAGCCAACUCUCAAAACAGUAUUCAAGCAGAGACCUACCCUCUCAUACAAAAAUAAAAUACAGACAAACUACUCAGGAUGCCCCUGAAGAGGUUCGUAACCGUGACUUCAGGAGAGAAUUGGAAGAAAGAGAAAGAGCUGCUGCAAGAGAGAAAAACAGGGAUCGUCCAACCCGAGAACACACAACUUCCUCUUCAGUGUCUAAAAAGCCUCGGUUAGACCAGAUUCCUGCUGCCAACCUGGAUGCAGAUGACCCUCUAACAGACGAGGAAGACGAAGAUUUUGAGGAAGAAAGUGAUGAUGAUGAUACCGCAGCUCUUCUUGCAGAACUGGAAAAAAUUAAAAAAGAAAGAGCUGAAGAGCAGGCUAGAAAGGAACAAGAACAAAAAGCUGAAGAAGAGAGAAUUCGCAUGGAAAACAUUCUGAGUGGAAACCCUCUGCUUAAUCUCACUGGCCCAUCCCAGCCUCAAGCCAACUUCAAAGUUAAAAGAAGGUGGGAUGAUGAUGUCGUCUUCAAAAACUGUGCAAAAGGUGUGGAUGAUCAGAAGAAAGACAAAAGAUUUGUUAACGAUACACUGCGGUCUGAAUUUCACAAAAAAUUCAUGGAGAAAUAUAUUAAGUAGCACCAUUUUGUGGGCUUAAAGACUGUAAAAUGUAAAGGAUCAUUCUGAGUUUAUUUUGAUGAGUUUUUUUUCUUUUCCCUGUCUAAAUUGUGUGUAGGCAUCCCUAAUUCUUAAUUCCAAAAUAUAUUUUUCUUUAGUGAUACUUUGAUAAUGGACUUGAGAGUACAUUUAAUUGUUUCCAUUCUCUGAAUGUUUUCAGCUGUAUGUUUUCUUUUUAAUGUGAGAAAAGGGAAUCUGCUUGUAAUAAAUAUUUUUGAUGUAAAUAACCAUAUCUGUUCCCCCAACAUUUUGUUGGAACUUAUGCAGUUUAUAAAGCAUUGCAUAAUUUAUUUUGAAAAGUUA